CCCCUCCCCCCAGAGGAGCGCCUGACUUUCGUGGGUGACGAGGAGCUGGAAAUGGAGGUGCAGGUCCCCCGGGCAGCCAUGAGAUCCAUCAUCGGGCGGAAAGGAGCCACCAUCAAGAAGCUACGGCAGGAGACGGGGGCUCACAUCGAGGGGGAGAGAGAGGAGGAGGGCGAGGAGACGGCGCUGCUCAUCUCCGGUGCCCCCGCGCAGGUCUGCCGGGCCAAAGCCGCCAUCCACCAGAUCGUGGCCGAGAGCACCCCGGUGUCGGAGCAGCUCUGCGUGCCCCAGAGAGCCGUGGGCAGGAUUAUCGGCCGGGGGGGUGAGACGGUGCGGGGCAUCUGCCGCAGCUCGGGGGCCAAAGUGCUGUGCGAGCGGGAGGCCGAGGCCGGGCUGGCCCCCGUCAGGGUCAUCCAGCUCUCGGGGACGCAGAAGGAGGUGGCGGCCGCCAAGAAACUCAUCAUGGAGAAGCUGAUGGAGGAGGACGCCUUCCGCAAGGAGCUGGCGCAGUCGGCCGCCGCGCGGUGCCAGCGAAAGCAGCCCCUGGGCAGCCGGAGGGAGAUGGAGCCGCUCCCCGACGGGGCACCGGAGCCCAGGGAGGAAGAUGGGGGUUCAUCUUGGGGCGAAGGCUCCUUCCUGGGCUGGGAGGAUGAAAGCGAGGAGCCGGAGGAGCCGCCGGCGGGGCCCGAGGCCGCCGUGCCCAAAUUUGAGGUUCCCAGCCCCGAUUUCAGCUUCCAGGCCGACGAGCACCUGGAGGUUUACAUCUCGGCCACGGAGAACCCCCACCACUUCUGGGUGCAGAUCGUGGGGCACCGCAGCCUGCAGCUGGACAAGCUGACGGCCGAGAUGGGCCAGUACUACCAGGGCAGCGGCCGCGCGGCAGAGCUCCCCACCGUCCAGGCAGGGGACAUCGUGGCCGCCCCUUACGCCGCCGACAGCGAGUGGUACCGAGCCCGCGUCCUGGGCCAGCUGGAAAACGGCAACUUUGACCUUUACUACGUGGAUUUUGGGGACAACGGGGAGGCCCCCCGCGAGGCGCUGCGAGCCCUGCGGUGA